GUCGCGGCCGGCCCAUGGCGAACCUGUCGCAGUGCCUGGACGAUGCGCCUCUGCGGGGCUUCCGCGGCUGGGAGCCCGGCCCGGCCCAAGCCUACAGCGAGGCGCAGCGCCUGGCGCUGGAGGUCCUCGUCGCCUCGGGCCUGCCGGCCUUCCGCGCUUUCCUGCGCCGCGAGCAGAUGCGCGCCUUCCUCUCCGAGCCGGAGAUCCAGGCCAUCCUGCAGGCCGUCGUGCCGCCGCCCGGGGCCGAGGAAGGCGCCGGCGAGCAGCCGCUGAACGGCUCCUUGGACUGCUCCUCGCUCACUUACUUCCCCCUGCAGUCCGACGUGGAGCCGCCCGUGCUGGAGCUGGGCUGGCCGGCCUUCGUCGGCGGCUCCUACCGGGGGCUCACGCGGGCGGAGGCGCAUUUCCAGCCCAGCUUCGGCGAGGUCAUCUACCCCUGCAAGGAGGCCGUGCGCCAGCUGAUCCGCUCGGCCCGGGAGGUCAUUGCUAUCGUUAUGGAUUCCUUCACGGAUAUGGACAUCUUCCACGACCUCCAUGAUGCCUGUAGAAAGAGGCUGGUUCCUGUUUACAUCCUUUUGGAUCAGGCCUUUCUCUGUCACUUCUUGGAAAUGUGCAAAAAUCUGGAAUUCUCUCCUGAACAGGAAUAUCUAAUGAGAGUCCGAACUAUUGCUGGGAACACUUAUUAUGCAAGAUCAGGAGCCAAAAUAAUUGGGAGUGUUCAUGAGAAGUUCAUGCUAAUUGAUGGCAUCAAAGUAACUACAGGCUCCUACAGCUUCACAUGGAGUGACGGGAAGCUGAACAGCAGUAACCUGUUGGUGCUCUCGGGCCAAGUGGCCGAACAUUUUGACCUGGAGUUCCGAAUCCUUUAUGCACAGUCGAAACCUAUUAAUCCAAAGCUGUCAUCGAGCUGUAAGGAAAAUGGCACGCUCGAUCACUUGACCAACAGGACCACACCGUGUAGAGACUUCACUGUGGGCAACCUUCUGAGAGCAGAGUUUGCUCGGCUCUCAAGCUCUCCCAAAAGGCUUGAAAAAGAAGUUGCUAAAGGAAGUAGGGUGAGUGCGAAACGGCCACAUCUUAGCGGGUCUUCUGCUGGAGAAGAAGAGUGCCUUCUGAAUGGCGCCGAGAGUCUAGAAACGCCUAAAGAGAGAAACAGUCAAUCGACACAGACUGAACCCUUUGAGAAGUCCACAGUGACUUUGUUGAACUCUGCCACACAAACCAGUGUAUCAGUGGCAACAGCAGGCACCCAAACCACUUCUCGAUCUAGAAUGGUGGGUACUCAAACAGUAGUCAUGUUCAAGUCAGUCACAACACAGACUGGCAACAGUGAAGCCGCAGAAGUGGCCCUGGAUCAGAGGGUACCUGAUCUGAAAGUACACGUUCAGAGGGUACCUGAUCUGAAAGUACACGUUCAGAGGGUACCCGAUCCGAAAGUACACGUUCAGGGGGUACCCGAUCCGAAAGUACAUGUUCAGAGGAUGCCACUGAAAGAAGUAUCUCCUGUUUACAGGAAGUCCACUUCUUCUAAAGAAGCAUCUCCUGUUUAUAGGAGGUCCACCUCCACUUCUUCUAGUGCACGGUCUCUUUCUUCCUUGUCCUCCCAGUGUUCACGAGCAAGUUCUGUCGGCUCGCUAACCUCCCUCAGGUCUUUGGACUACCCUUGCAGCCAACGCGCAGAUUAUUUCCGCAAGCUAAACAAGGAGAGGGAAUUCCACUACUCCGUCAUCCGGUCCAAGCUUAACCACAUGGUCUCCAUGCUGUCCAGAAGGGGAAAUGUGGCUGAAAACUACUGCCGUCCAACAAGGUGCAAUGUAAAGCCUAGGCGGCAGAUCAGCACCAGCCUAAUAAACCUCAGGGAUUUUGCACUGUAUUCAUCAAAUGACUGUUUUUAAGUAAUGGCGCGUGAGCGCUGGGACACAACCAAAGCUGCUUCAGUCACCAGCCAUUUUGGACACUUCUGA